GCUGCCAACAACCUCAUUGUACUGGGUCGUGAAGAAGCAGGAGCUGAAAGGAUCUUCCAGAACAAUGGAGUGGCCCUGCUUCUGCAGCUCAUUGACACGAAGAGGCCUGAGCUGGUGCUGGCUGCAGUGCGGACCCUGUCGGGCAUGUGCAGUGGCCACCGAGCUAGGGCCACGGUGCUGCUCCACGCAGUCCGGAUAGACCGCAUCUGCAGCCUCAUGGCGGUGGAGAAUGAGGAGAUGUCCCUGGCCGUCUGCAACCUGCUCCAGGCCAUCAUCGACUCUCUGUCCGGGGAGGACAAGCGGGAGCAUCCAGGGAAGGAGGAGGCCCUGGUUCUAGACACCAAGAAGGACCUGAAGCAGAUCACCAGUCACCUGCUCGACAUGCUGGUCAGUAAGAAGGUGUCCGGCCAGGGCAGGGACCAGGCCCUGAACCUGCUCAAUAAGAACGUCCCCCGGAAGGACCUCUCCAUUCACGACAACUCACGCACCAUCUACGUGGUGGACAACG